AUGAAGCUCUCUACCUUCCUGCCAAUUGCCAUCACCGCCGCAACCGGCGCAAACGCCCUCUUUGACUGCGCCUCCAACCAGCACGCUUUCCCCCCUACGACUGGCAAGUUCGUCGUCCAUUACACCUCCAUCCGCGACACCGAGAUCGACGGUGAACCCUGGAUCCGCAUCUGCAAACCAAGCGGCAACGGCUGGAGCCAGGUCAAGCCGCUGACCAUGGACUGCGCAGGCAACGAGUACACCUUUGGUACCGGGGACACCGGGCUCCGCGACUCAUUCACCGUCGUCAACGGGAACGGCUGCAACGCGGACUCGUCGAACCUCAGUGGAGCGGAGAUGUCGUAUCGCGGUCAGAAGCGCUCGCUGUCUGGGUCUGACUCUGGCUGUGGGGAUCGGGACCAUGGCAUUUCUUGCGAGUUUGACCUCUAA